AUGGCCUCCGCCAGGCUAUCGCCAACGGCGAACUUGCUGCGAAAUUCGCGUCUGUUCGCACUCCCUAAAACUCUCAAGGGCCGCAAUGACCUAACGUCGAGAGAAUCCGACACCGCAACUCUGCCUCACCCCGUCCGAGCCUCCAUCGUUACACCACAAUCAUCACUAGCUCGAGGCGAUUGGGGAUUGAAACGACCUUUACCGGCUAAGUCGACAUCGGAGAAAUCAUCGAGACCUGUUGUCAGGGUGCACGCUCUCGAUACCUAUGAACAUGUCACCGACUUCGAAUCCGCCGCAGAUCACACUGUGACCCUCGAGAAGUUCCAGGAACUGCACAUGCCUAUGUCUCUCCCCUCCAAAGUCAAUUAUGCUACAAGUGUUGUGCCAAGACAUCAAAGUCCAUUCGAAACGCAUCUAGAUAACACCGAGACCAGCCAGGGUCUCCAGGAACCUGGUGCCAAACAAUUCAGACACACCGGCCCUUGGCUUGCUGGGCAGACAGAGGCUGAGUUCGCAGAGUACUUGAAGCAAGUGACUCGCAAUAAACCUGAACUCCUGCAGAAGCUUCGUGAGCAGUUUGUCGCUAAGCGGUCUGCCGAGAUCCGGAAACUGGCACAGGAUAAUGGAGAGGACUUGGACACCCAACCCGCAAUUGUCACCGAUGCGGAGUUCAAUGCCUACAUUAAGACUUUGCGAAACGACCCAUUCGCUCUCGGUCCUGUGCUGUCCUCAUUCGAAUACGCCGUCUCAGGACCCCCCAAAACACACCCAUCUGGCGGUCUGUCCUACACGCGAUCACACGCCCUGAUUCACAACCAUGCCCAGUUUGGCCCACAAGCCCACCAGCGCCCUGUGGAGGCUCGCAUCUUGCGCCCCAAGGGCCGCUUUAAGGGACGCAUGGCACGUGCCCUUGCAGGUAUCGGUGGUAUUGCUGUCGAAGAUUUGAAUGCUAUGACCUUUGUGGAGCAAGGCACACCCCCCGGUCUGACUUUCUUCGAUGCAUCCAUCCCUGGUGGAGGUAAAUACUGGGUCACUCCCAUCCGGGCUUCGGUUGACUCCGACGGCCGUAUUGGCCUUUCAUCUUAUCGCGCGAGUGCAACCGCCAAGGCUCCUUACGGAAUCGAAGACUACCACAAGCCGACCACCUUGACCAUCUCCGAUGUUGCCAAUACCCCAUCCCCGAUAGUCCCAAGAUUGGACAGACAGCCAUUCGGCCAGCCUCGGUUCCAGCCUUCCGGGGAGAACCGGACCCGGAGGCAACCCACGAAGGGGACAGAGGACGUCGCACGCAGCCUUCUCAAUAACCUCAACUCUAAGUCGUAG